UCUUUUGUCUUUUAUAUCAACAACUUAAUAGCCUAGCUUGUAUCUACCGUGAUAUUUUUCUUCGAUGAAUGAAAGUCUUUUGUGUCAAAUCGUCCAGCUUUACAAGCUAGCUUAAUGUCAACGGAACGCCGGACUCCAUAGAGAUAUGUGGCAGUUACAUUUGGUCAUGUCCAGCCACCAAGUUAACGUUAAGUACUACAGGAAACAUGACAUGACGUAUUACAACUCACCAAGCAUGUUUUUAAAUGACUGCGACUGCAAGGCCAAUUUCACUAGUUGGUGAUGGCAGAACAGUCAGAACGGGGUAAAACCUCCUCGUGGGGGCUUUUCAACAAGUACCGGUGUUUGUGCAAAAAGGCCACGAUGCUUCGGGCCAUGGAGGAUGCACAAACCAAGAAGAAAUGUCAGCAAAAGAUGAUCAUCACCACUACUAAGAGGAAAAUAACGGACAAUCACAACGGCCCGCUGGGAACAAAUAAACUGGUUAAAAAAUCUAAAUCGAGUGAUGCAAACCGGGAACGUCAAAGCACUCUCAACUCCGAAGACAUACCUAAACCUGGGCUCUCUGUGUCUGAGGUGUCUAACAACCGCAGUUUGGUCACAGUCCUGAGAGACAGUUGGGAGGUGGACAGUGGUUUCUCCUCAGAGGCGAGUCCUCCGGCCAGCGGUCGGAGUUCACCGUGCCUCGGCUGGUGCUCCACCACGGUGGUGGCUUUGGACUGUGAGAUGGUGGGGACGGGGCCUGGUGGGCGCUGUAGCGAGCUGGCGCGCUGCAGCAUCCUGGACUAUCAUGGCAACACAUUGUAUGAUAAAUAUGUCCGACCGUGUCAGCCCGUCACAGACUACAGGACUCGCUGGAGUGGCAUUCAGAGGCAUCACCUGCACAAUGCCACACCCUUCACUCAGGCCAGGGAGGAGAUCCUCAGUAUACUCGAGGGCAAAGUGGUCGUCGGCCACUCCGUCUACAACGACUUUGAGGCGUUGGACAUGCACCAUCCAGAUCAUAUGGUCAGGGACACGAGCUCGACGAUUCUCCUCAGCCGAUUGGCCGGUUUCACCCCCAAACGCUGCCCCUCCCUCAAAAUCUUGGCGAGCAAGUUGCUGAACAGGAGGAUACAGGUGGGGCGGAGAGGCCACUGCUCGGUGGAGGACGCUCGGGCCGCCCUCGACCUCUACAAGCUGGUGGAGGGCGAGUGGGAGCAGGAGCUGCAGAUCAAGCUGAGGGACGACGACGCUCCACAGGAGCCGAGCUUCGCCGCCUCAAACCACUACAUGCAGGACGAGUACUGGCCAGACGAUGUCAUGUCUGACAGCCAGUGAUGUGAGCUUCACUUAACUAUAAAUCGUGUGACUGAAAAAAAACAUCUUGACAGUUUAUCAGGUGAAAAGUAAUGUGAGAAAUAAAUGCAUUUUUGGGGAAGUGUGACAAGAAAUGAGAAGAGGGAUGCGCUACGAAGCGAGAUCAGCGACUGCAUUCAGCCUCCACCCCACUGGAACCUACGUGGAUUCAGCCGGUGAGGCAGAGAAAAAUUUUUUCCCUAUGCUGAACUUUAGACAUGAAAAGAAUAAUGAAGGCACAGCGAACACACGCCACUGUGGACGAUGUUUUGAUGCUUGGUUGUCAUGUGCAGCCACGUAUUGCAGCUAAUAGAACACAUAGUGAGUCGGUAAAAUAAAUUUCCCCUGAAUAUGCUGCAUCAAGUUUCAUGUUUAAGAGCUCUGCAGUGGCUGGCACUGGCUGAGGUUUCAGGUGUUGUUGGGCCAGAGGAAGCCGGACUGUGUCCAGCUUGCUUCGUAGCACAUCCCCCACGAUGUACUGUGUCACUUUAGGUAAAAUUAAUGUGUUUCUUGAAUGAAAACACUUGUUAACUUAUUGCUUUUAAACAUAGUUGGAGUUCCUAACAGCAUGCGGGGGGGGGUUCUAUGCUGUGAUACCAGAUGUUUGCCUGCAGAAUCACAAGUUAUGACCAACUUGGUUUUGUUUGUAGUGAGAUGCUCUUAAAUUUGGGAUCAUUAACUUAUAAAAUGCAGAGUUUGAAGUUCUCUUACUUGAAAGGUAGAAUUUAGCUCUUGAAAUGGUGCGAACCUAAUCGUAGGCCACAGAUACAGCUGUUUUUGACUUAACUGUUUUUCAGUUGAGUUUGUUUUAAUGAGAAAGCAUGAAAGCUGAAAAUGGUGGCUGGAAUAUGUCACAGCAUUUUAAAAUGUUCCUGUGUGUGAGGCAGAUAGAAACACAUUUUAAAUCUAAACUCGGGGCACCAUGUUGGGACUGCAGUUUCCUCCAUUUGUGUUUGGCCUUAAUGUUUUCUAUUGUAACACUUGUGGUGUGUUGGCAUUUUGUUACCUCUCAUCGGAAGCUGCUCUUAAAUGCCUUAAUAAAAUGGCAUCAUGUUAAAAUGUAA